UCAACUAUGUGUUUCCAUCUGAUUCUGACUCCAAAAGGGGUGAUGAUUUUUCUGCCCAUGCAGCCUGUGUGAACUUCACAUGUAUGGCAAGCGCAACGCUUCCGCUCCAUCAUUUACCGUUUGACCGCAACACAACACGUUUGUCAUGAAAUUCACACUUCAGGCGCACACAUUCGCGGAUGACGAAGAUCCAGAAGAUCUACACGAGCCCAUGCGUCUUGUGCGGCUCAUUGGCGCUGGAAACUGAUCAUAGUGGAAGUGCAGUAUAUUCAGCCAACGGUGACUUUCACGACGCCGUGCGCGCAGACUGGCAGGCUGCUGUACCAGCACUAUGGAGGAGAAAAACAAGGACGAUAACGCCACGAAGGGACAGGAAUCGAUGUCCUAUCAACGGAGGAUGUGGAAGAAUUUUCAAGAAAAAACCAAACCGUUUUUGAGUCCCAAAUUGGUCUCUGAACGUCGCAAUCCCGACAGUAAAAAGGAGACGGGGUUAUGGAUGUUUAAAAGGAAAAAGAAACAGUUGGACCGUGUCUUUUCGUCCUCACAGCCCAAUCUCUGUUCCUCUACCCCGUCGACUUUCCCGGGCGACCUGUCACUCGGCGGUACAGCGGUCCCUGGGAACAGCGACAACGGGCAACCUAUGCAACAGCUGCUGGGUGCGGUUGGAGUGUCGGCAAGCAAGCCAGAGCUAACGGGACACGAGUGCCCGAAGCUCAUCGUCUCCCAUUUAAUCAUGUCCCACCAGAAGAGCUCCUCUCUCGGCUCUGCAUGCUUCGAGAAGCUGGUAGUAAAAUCUGCGGACGUUGGAGAGGAGGAACAGCUCCGCAAAAACGCCAGUGAUUCUGGCAUCAACAUCGUGGAGCCAAGUAAUGCUGAGACCGCCCUUGUUACCAACCCAGGGAUGUACCAGCUGGACAUCAUACUGAAGAAAGGACACAACCUCGCCAUCAGGGACAGAGGAGGGACAAGUGAUCCGUAUGUGAAGUUUAAGAUCGGUGGGAAGGAGGUGUUCAGGAGCAAGACUAUCAAUAAGAACCUGAACCCAGUGUGGGACGAGAAAGUCAGCCUGCUGGUGGACAGCCUCCGGGAACCCCUCUAUGUCAAGGUGUUUGACUAUGACUUUGGCCUUCAGGAUGACUUCAUGGGUUCGGCAUACCUCUACCUGGAGUCCCUGGAACACCAGAGGAACCUGGACGUGACCCUUGACCUUGAGGACCCCCAGUACCCCGACCAUGACCUGGGAACUCUAGACCUGGCAGUCACACUGUCGCCCAAAGAGGGAGACUUCAGGGAAGCUACCAUGCUUUUGAGAAGGAGCUGGAAACGAUCCAAUAAGCAGCUGCAUUCAAGUAUGCGGUUGUCAGAUGUCCACAGGAAAGCUCAGCUGUGGAGAGGUAUAGUGAGCAUCAGUCUGAUUGAGGCUCGCGACCUCCAGCCUAUGGACGCCAACGGCUUCAGUGACCCCUACGUCAAAUUCAGACUGGGCCAUCAGAAAUACAAGAGCAAGACGAUACCCAAGACUUUGAACCCCCAGUGGAGAGAGCAGUUUGACUUCCACCUGUAUGAGGAGCAGGGGGGCUUCAUCGACAUCACCGUCUGGGACAAGGACGCAGGCAAGAAGGACGACUUCAUGGGCAGGUGUUCGGUUGACCUGUCGCCGCUGAGUAAAGAGCACACUCAUAAGUUGGACGUACCGCUGGAGGAGGGCGAGGGCAUGCUGGUACUGCUGGUCACACUCACUGGGGCUGCAGCAGUGUCCAUCUCGGACCUGUCGGUCAAUAUUCUGGAUGACCCACACGAGAGACACCAGAUACUACAGAGAUAUAGUGUGCUGAGGUCGUUCCACAACCUGAAAGAUGUGGGUAUGGUCCAGGUGAAGGUCAUCAGAGCAGAGAGGCUGAUGGCAGCAGACGUCACAGGCAAGAGUGACCCCUUCUGUGUGGUGGAGCUGAGUAAUGAUCGGCUACAGACACACACCGUCUACAAGAACCUCAACCCCGAAUGGAACAAGGUCUUCACCUUCAACGUGAAGGACAUCCACUCAGUGUUGGAGGUGACGGUGUACGACGAGGACCGAGACAGGAGUGCAGACUUCCUGGGGAAAGUGGCCAUCCCUUUACUAAACAUUCAAAAUGGUGAACGGAAAGCCUACGCCUUGAAAAGCAAGGAGCUGACAGGGCCAACAAAAGGGGUCAUCUUUCUCGAAAUAGACGUGAUUUUUAAUGCUGUGAAGGCCGGUCUCAGGACGUUAAUACCCAUCGAGCAGAAAUACAUUGAGGAUGAACCCAGAGUGUCCAAACAGUUGCUGCUGCAGAACUUCAACAGAGUGAGGCGCUGCAUCCUGUUCCUCAUCAACGCCGGCUGCUACAUCAACAGCUGCUUCGAAUGGCACUCGCCUCAGAGGAGCAUCUGCGCCUUCCUGCUCUUUGUUCUCGUGGUGUGGAACUUUGAACUCUACAUGAUUCCUCUGGCUCUGCUGCUGCCGCUGGCCUGGAACUAUAUCCUUGUCGCUUCGGGGAAGGACACAAGGCAAGACGUGCAAGCGAUGGAGGACUUGCUGGAGGACGAGGAUGAGGACUAUGAGAAAGAUGACAAGGUGCCUAGGCCCGGCCAUUCGGAUGACGGCCGACUGCCUGAAAGCCAUAUCCUUGUGGAUAUGUUGGCUUCCUGGCACUUUGAGUGGAUACGGGUGAUGGUGGACCCGGAGAGAAAGGGCUUCAUCAACAAGCUGUAUGCCAUCCAGGAUGUGUGCAUCAGUGUGCAGAAUGCGUUGGAUGAAGUAGCCUCCUACGGCGAGAGGAUAAAGAACACAUUUAACUGGACAGUGCCUUUCCUAAGCUGGCUGGCCAUCGUUGCACUGUGUGUGGCCACUGUGCUCAUCUACUAUAUCCCCCUACGCUACAUUGUCCUGGCCUGGGGGGUGAAUAAAUUCACCAAGAAGCUCCGUGACCCGUACAACAUUGACAACAACGAGCUCCUGGACUUCCUGUCCAGAGUCCCCUCAGAUAUACAAGUGGUGCAGUACCGAGAGCUGAAACUGGAUCUCAGUCAUAGUCCAAAUAAAAGAAAGAAAAACAACCCGGGGUAGCUGGCUUUGUCCGCCCACGGAAUCUUCCCUCCCUCAACGGCCCGACCCCGAGGAGCAGAGGAAGGCUGGUCUGGACCUCCUCAACUCUCUCUCUCCUUUUUUCAUCUUUUCCUCUUUCUCCCUCUUCUACUGACUUUAUAUAUACAUGUACAGGCUCCCGAAGUGUAAUUAUCACUGUAGAAAGAGACAGCAAGAGAAAAAUCGUAAAUUCUGAGUUUAGAGGUGAGCCUGGAUGAAAGUGGACCGGACCAUUCCAGACCCAGGUGUUUACAGCAUUGUACCAGUCUGACAGAUGUACAAGUCAUGCUCGACUGUGUGACAGUUAUGAGAUCAGCCGAAGAGGUUUCAGGCAUUUUUUACACAAUUCCGCCGUAAGGAACACAUCAUUUAACCCUAUCAUAGUCAGAAAGCCGCCAACCAGGUAGAAUGGAUGGUCUACUUUUCCAAAUCUGAACUCCCAAAUGACCUCUGGGUGUAAGCAUGUGGAACAAUAGAUAAAGAGCUUAUUUAUUCAUUAUUUUACAAAAUGUUGUAAAUAUUUUUUGUUGUAUUUACAUUUUGGAUUAAAUUAUUCUAUUUUUGGGGGGGGGGGUGUAUUUUAAGAGGUCAAAUGUUAAUUGUCUUUUCAGCUCUUAGGCCUAUAUACAUAUCACCCUGUUCCAGUGGUCCUUGACUAUCCAAAUGAAUGAUAACUUCAAAAACCUCAAAAAUCCUCUUUUAAAUGGAACCCGAGGACUGCUGCAGUCCUGCCGAUAUGCCAUUCUUCCGGUCUUCACGACCAUCAAUAGCGCAGAUCCCCCAGAAGAGGCAGGGAAGUGUAGAUCUCUGCUGUGCCACUGAGCUAAUAUAGAUGUCACCCUGUGCAGACAGAAUCGCCAGGCAGGCCUUAGGCAGCCCAAGCGGUAAUCUUAUUUGAAAGGCUGGUCUCCUCUCCUCUCAUCUCCACAUGUUGCCUCAGUGGGCACACACACACUCUCCAACACUGUGCCACAGGCUGGCCGCCAUCUCCAUCUGCCCCACCUCCUGCUCAACUAUGAUCUCUCUUUCAAGGGACGAGUUUGUGUAUGCGUGUAUGUGUGUGCAUGUGUCCCACUGGGUAAAAACAGUUUGAAUCAACGUUGCUUCCACGUCAGUUCAGCCCAAACAAUGCUACGCGAUGACGCUGAAUCAACAUUGCUUCCACGUCAGUUAAGCCCAAAGAAUGCUACUCGAUGACGCUGAAACAACGUUGCUUCCACGUCAGUUAAGCCCAAACAAUGCUACGCGAUGACGCUGAAUCAACGUUGCUUCCACGUCAGUUCAGCCCAAACAAUGCUACGCGAUGACGCUGAAUCAACGUUGCUUCCACGUCAGUUCAGCCUAAACAAUGCUACGCGACGACGCCGAAUCAACAUUGCUUCCACGUCAGUUCAGCCUAAACAAUGCUACGCGACGACGCCGAAUCAACGUUGCUUCCACGUCAGUUCAGCCUAAACAAUGCUACGCGACGUGGGAAAACUGAUGGCUUUGCACAAAGUCGAUCCAUGUCGGGGAAUUUUCAACCUAAAUCCAAUGACCAGAUGAAAUGUUUGGUUGAUUUCAGGUUAGUUGACAAUCAAAGGUAGACGUUGAACUGACGUCUCUGCCCAGUGGGGUGUUUAUGCAAAGCAAACAAGCAAGCUGCACGGAGGGUGUCCCCGUGCACUGUGUGUGUUUGUGUGUGUGUGUGCAUGCUGGGUGUGUAUGUAUGCUGGGAGUGUAUGCUACAUGUGUGCACAUGUAAAUGUGCAUGGGUGCGUGUUUCUGGAGUUGUCUUGUCUCUUCUGGCUCUGGAGAGUGAUGUGGAUGGGACUGUGAACUUGUAGGGCCAGAUGCUGCAUUUUGUUGGUGGAGAGGUCGACCGUUAGACGAGCAGCCAGUUAGCCGCUGUGUGACAAGACACGGCGACGGGUGGCCAGAGACCGCAGGGCUUUGCGCGUACCCUCUUUCCAAAGCCCUCCCAUUAUCCCUCUCACUCUCCCUCUCUCCUUCGUCAGUGGUUAGGAUCGUGGCCCUGUCUGAAGGGAACGUCUCCUGGGUGUCUCCCGAAAGCAUCUGUUGAAAGAUCACAGCGUACAUCUGAAGGGGCCUUCCUCUCCUCCACAUACCCCCCUCCCUCCCUCCCUCCCUUCCUCCGACCUUUACACUUCAACAAGUGUAGAACUGCCACUUUGGAAGGCCAUUGGUUUGGUUUGUUUCGAGAGAUGCACUUGAAAUACAAUAACAUGCUGCGUGGAAUGUAGGACUUACACGGGUUAUAUUAUCCUCUCUAAAAUGCAGACUCGUGUCUAUUUGUAUUGACCUAAGGGGACAGUUUGAAAACCUGAAUAUGUAUGUGUGAACUACUGUACGUGGUAUUAUUUACAGUAACUGUGGUGGGUGUAUUGUGUGUGGUCUUAUAUCCAAAUAUUCUAAGUUUUAUAACAUUGUUUUGGCUAUGUAUGCAAGCAAACCAAAGUGAUUUAUUUGACGCGACAGAAAAAAAAUGCUAAACAGAAUGUAUCAUCGGACAGGCAUAAAGGAAAAUGGCACUUUCAUUUGCACCCCCUUUUUUUUACUUACUUCUUUUGGAAUGAUGUACAUAAUAUGCUUGUAAAUGGUCUAAUGUCGGUUGAUGAUCUUGUAUCGGUGUAUGCUUGUCAUUGCUCUCCGAGGUAUUUUCGCCCACAGUGUUGCCUGUGACAUCAUCUUCAAUCUCCUAGUCCUGGCCAAUGGUUGUCGAGGACAAGGACGAGGAUUUGGGUUGGGUGGGGGCAGUAAAGGGAAAGUUAUGAGAAAAUAAUGUGCAUCUAAUACGACCAAUAAAUUCACCAGAUGUAUGUCGAUUAUUUUGGAAAAACUUGUAAAAGAUUAAAUAUUUUGUAUCAUC